CAAGUCUAUUUGCCCGACAGAAUGACCAGUCCGCAAUCGGGAUCAUGAGGCACAAUUUCAGAAUUUGGGUGACGCCCGCAGCUUGAAUGCGAUUUUAAGGGCCGCGCUGCUUCGACUACUGUGCGAAUCCUGACUAGAGCCGGGCGCGUGUGCGUGGGGCCCACAUAUAUCGCUCCACGUUUCACAUAAACGAGUAGCUUAUGACCAAGCUACUUGAUUGCAGCGCAUGUUUACAAGGCCUCCUGCAAGCACGCCACACAACGGUGGGCAUUGAGGCUCGGAUGAGCAAAGUUGUCCCCGGCUGCACGACCUGCCAUCAGAAUCGGAGAAAUGCCACUCGUGAAAUUGGUGCCUCUCGCCUUGGUGUUCUGGGCAUGGAGCUGCUUGGCGCGCUUUUCUGAGGCGAGCGCUCAAGCGGCGGGCGAAGUAGUGCCCCAAGAGCGCACCGCGAGUGAGACGCGGACGUACACCGGCUGUGGCGCUUAUUGCAGCAAUGGACAUGUGCAAAGUUAUGUGGGGCCGCUUGAUACAACACGACAAGUCGCAACUGCGCUCAAGCAACUGUCGUUCAAGCGCGAAAUCAUUAUCACACACCACGCCGACCUCGGAGAUGCAAUCCAGGUGCUGCACCGCUGGCAGCGCCAUGGCUACGGCCACGUGCUGCUGGUCAACCCCACCGCCGAGCCCUGCCGCCGGCUGGAGGCGGGCGGCGCCUUUCACCCGCUGCUGGGGUGCGGCUGGUUCGAGGACCGCAAGCGAGUGGGCUGGAUCGUGGACCAGAAGGGCGGCUGCAAGGGCAUGCUGGAGAAAUGGCUCAUCCACUACACAGCCGCCCGCGCUGUGCGGCUGGGCUACCACGUGUUGGCAGUGGACGCCGACACCCUGCCCCUGGGCGACUUCUACGGCCUCAUGCGGCAGCCGCCCUACAGUGGCGUGCAGCUGUGGAGCCAGCGAGAGGGCAACUUCAACGUCAACGGCGGCUUCUACUACGUCCACAACGCCUCCGCUACCGGGCCAGUGGCCUUCCUGCUGUACGACAACUUACUGAAGAACGCGAGAUGGUACGCUGACGCCCGGCCGCUGCGUGCCGCUGUGGGUCUGUCCCCCAACGACAGCUCCACGGGCAUCAUGGACGGCUUCCUGUGCAACGACCAGUUCAGUCUGUCAGAUGCGGUGCACAGCGCGGUCACUGGCACGCCGCAGGUCCUGGAGUGUCUGUUCUACCACACUCGCACCCCCACCGAGCGCUCCGCCUGGGAGGCGCCGCACCUGCACCUGUACCGCACCACCGGCCCCCGCGGCCCCCAGCAGCUGGGGCCAUACGAGGUCAGCCCCUUCCCCGUGCCGCCGCCACUGCGCCUGGGCUCCGGCGGCGCCGCCACCGCCGACGUCACCAGUGCGCUGCUGCACGUGCCGCACGGCCGCGGCGCUUGGCCGUCGGAGCGCGGCGGACUGCCCUUCGCGCCGGGGCCACUGCCCGAGGCGGCGGCGGCGCUGCGGGAGCUCUUCCGCGAGGGCGCCGGUCCAGAGGGUGAGCCACAGGUGCUGCCCGACUUCCCCGACCCCUACAACCCCGCGGACCAGGCGGCGGCGACUGCGGUGCCGCCCGAGAGGUUCGCCUACCUGCCGCCCUGGGUGGCCAACACCUGGGGCAGUGCGCCGGGCGCCAAUGCAGGCGUGGAGGGCCACUACAACUCGCACCUGACCGGCCAGCUGCCGGCCCUGGUCAGCCACCUGCACGCCGGCCUCACCCCGGGGGACUUCAACAAGCAGGUGCACCUGGCGGUGGGCGUGCCUCGCGCCUGGAGCCUGGACAUGGGCGGCGCGGCGGCAGCGGCGGGUCUGGGGGCGGGGGCGGGUCUGGGGGCGGGGGCGGAGGCAGAGGUGGCAGCAGCAGGUGCAGACGUGGUCGUAACAGCCAUUGGAGCAGUAGGAUCGGCGGCCGUUGGCCUGGUGGGCUCUGCGGCGGGGGCCAGGGCGGCGCUGGCAGCGCGGGGCGGGGGCCCGCGGCGGGUGGGGCGGCGGCGGCGCAUGCUUGCUGCUGCUGUGGCUGCGCCUUACGCCUACCUGGGCACAGCGGAGGCGGCAGGAGAAGGCAUGCCGGCCCUGCUGGCGCUGGCGCCCGGGGUGGUGAGGCCCGACAUGAGUGGAGCCGAGUUCACUGCGCUGAUGCAGGGUCUGAUGCGUCUGGGCUUGGCUUUGAACCGGGUGGUGGUAUGGCCCUGGGUGCCCUGUGAGGCGCCCUUCCUGCGCCGGGAGGGAGCCACGUACGACCCAGUCGCGUCGGGGCACAAGAUACCCUGGUCUGACUACCUCAAUGUGAGUGCCGCCAUCCCCAACGGCCCCGGCUCGUCCGACCUGCGGCGAGACGGCCUGCGCUGCCUGCUGGCCGCCAUGGACAAACUCAGCUGCCUGCGUGGAGGCACGGCGCCGCCCGGCCCCAGCCCCACCGCGCCCCGCGGCCUGUUGCCGCACGAGUUCGACCACUGGCUGGCGGGCGCACAGGCGGGCGCGACCCGGCGGCGGCGGGACUGGCAGCGGCUGCUACAACAGGAGGCGGCGCUCGGUACGGGGCGGCGGGUGCAGUCACGCGCCCUGUCCGGCGCCGUGUCCGGUGCGGAGGCUGGUGCGGGCGAGGCUGUUGGAGUGGACUUGGAGGUGCCACUGCUGCCGGCGCCCGUCAACACCAUCCAGGACAUCCUGGAGCGCCGCGGCGGCUCACGUGCCGCUGACAGCAGCAGUGCGGGUGGCGCCGCCGCCGUAGUGGUGCCGCCGCUUGUGUUGACGCCCGCAGACCUGCAGCUGCUGCGGCAGGAGCCGGCGGUGUGGAGCAGGGGGGCGCUGGAGGCGGAGUUGCGCAGGAAGCUGCGGGGCCGGAAGCAGACUGAGGGCGGCAGUGAGGACGACGAGGACCAAGGAGACGAAGAUGCUGCGGACGAGGAUGACUCAGAUGUAGACCAGUCCGAGGAUGAGAACGAGACGGGAACAAUGAGCGCGCGUGGACAGCGCAGAAGCUCCACCGGCCACCACAGCGGCAGUGCUCGGAAGGGCGCUUUGCCAAAAGGGGCUGCUUCGGCGGCGGCGGCGGCAGCGGUGGGUGCACCUGCCGCAGUGCUGUGGCUGCGUGGCCCUGUGUCGGUGCCUCAGCUGCCCUCGGCCGCCCUGGAGGUGUUCUACAAUCAGCAGGUGGAGCCGCUGUGCUGCGUGCUGGGCUGGCCCGCAGCCCCCGACUGCAUGUGGCGCUCACCGGCCGCGCAGUCGGCGGUGGCGGCCAGUGCGGCAGCUGCUGCCACAGCAACUGCUGGACAGGGGGCCUAGACCGUCCGCACACCGCCGGUCUGCGGUCCCGCGGGGGUUGGCUACAACAAGGGUAAGCGUAUACAUAGCUAUGGGUGGGCUACUGCCGCUCAGAGCGCGGCAGGUGCGCUGUGCAAGGAACCUAAGUAACAGAUACGGAACGUGAAUGUGCAGUUAGUCUGUUGUGGAGCACUGUACUGCUGUUGUGAUAACUGAGUCAGCUGUGCUGCCAACGCAGCAGGCGGGAGCUGUAUUGCCCAUGUCUCCCAGAUGAGGUUUGUCUGGAUAGAGUGGGGCCGCUGUUUGCUUGUUGAAAUUUGUCGGUCCAAUCUCUGCCUGAGGCACAACGUACCGUACAGGUGCGAAUAGGAUGUGUCAUUGGUUUGGCUUUUCCGUACGACUUUUUGCCAGGACAGCCGCCUGCAGGAUGUCGGGGCGAAGCGGGUGCGCGGGGGCAGCACCGGAGCAUUGCUUUUGCGUGACACUUAUCGUUUAGGUUGACGCCUGUUGGAUUCUUUGCCAAUGCAAAGAGCUGAAGAGCAUUCAGCUGUGACCGUGCAAUUUUACUAGCACGUGGGGUUAGUCGGAGCUGUCCUAGAACAUACAUUAUACUAGUUUUGGGCUGAGCCCCCCCCCCAGCGAAGCGUUCCAGGGGGGGGGCGAAGCCCCCCAGGAACACCCCUGUCCGGGGUGCGAUGGGACAGUGAUGGUGGCUCAGUGGGGUAGGCUCAGUGCUCAGUGACAGGGGCUCAGUGUGGAAGGCUCAGUAAGGCAGGCUCAGUGGUUCAGUGCUCAUUGAGGUAGGCUCAGUGCUCAGUGACAGGGGGCUCAGUGUGGAAGGCUCAGUGCUCAGUGACAAGGGGAUCAGUGGCUCAGUGGGUGACGUGACUCAGUGGGUGACGUGACUAGUUUGUUAGCUGCGGGUUAGCACGGACUGUGCACCCCACCCAACCGGCCACGUCCGGAUUUGCGGGGAUGCCAAAGGCCCCCAACAUAGAGGCGUGUGCUUAGUAUGCGCCCGCGUCAAGGUGGCUGGGUUGAUAACGACCCGGGAGGGGAGGGCUUGCAGCCCUUUUCCUGCCUCCCUAAGGCAGCCACCUCCUUGUUCUAGCACGUGAAGCGAAGCACGGAGGAAUUUAUAGGCGUGGUAUAAUUGGGCUCAUUCGCGUCUGGACAGAGACGAAAUUGGAGUGGCUCGGUAGGAUGCGAGCUAGAUGCGUGCGCAGCGCUGAGGGACAUGUAUGUGGCGGCACGGGCCGGAGCAGGGGCUGCUGACGCAGCUGCGGCGGCCUGUCGAGCUCUCCACGUGCAGGUCACCUCACCUUCAGUCUAGCGGAGCCUUGGCGGCUUCAACUGCAACAAUUGUGUGUUUGUUACUUGGUGAGGGAGAGAGCAGGCGAAGACGGCAGGAGAGCAGGGCAGUCUAAGCAGGAGAGCAGGGCAGUCAUGCAGGAAGUGCUAUGGGUGGCGGAGGUGCACAUGCGGCCUCAGAGCAGCAGAGGGUGAGGAAGACGUGUUGGGCACAUGUGGGCAGUGCAUGCACGUGUAAUCGGCGGACGCCGUGUGGAGGGCGUCAGCUGGCAGUAGGGGCUUGUUGACUCAUACGGCCACCCCGCCUGUGGCUUUUGACGGGGUGGUGGGGGUGCUUGGCCUGAUUGUGCGUAUGCCUGUUUCUAUGUUUGGGCGAGCGGCGGCGGCCUCGGCGUAUGCCCUGAGCAAGGUCCUGUACCAUCUGGAGUUUGCGGGGUUCCCGUCGCCGUGGGCGCCGGUUGGCAAGUUGUUAGGCCAGGUGGCGGCGGUUGUUGAUCGGCGGCUGUCGCCGGCUAAGUAUGCGGUUGCACCCCAUGCUCGUCCGGUGGGGGUGUCCCUUGACAUCAUGCAGGUGCCGCCGGCUCUGGGUGGUGUAGGACUGCUGCCUCUUCAGCUGCACGUGCAGGCGCGGCAAGCUGGACUGGCGGUGCGGUGUGUGCUGGGCGCGUGUGGUUUGCUGGCGUUUGUGCCGCCGUGGACGAAGGUGGCGGAGGCUUGGCUGCGGGCACGCCAUCCAGCGGCCACGCCACUGCGCCUGUUGGUGCGGUGCGACCCGUCACGUGUUUUGGACAAGUUGGUUACGCCUGAGUGCAAACCGUUUUUGCGUCUGUUGGGGGCGGUCGCCCACUUGCCGCCUAUCACGUUGGUGGCGCCGCCCGCGGCUGGGGACUGGGUGUAUCAUGUGCCGUUGUGGGCGAAUCCGGCAUUGUGUGAUGGUGCACAGACUUUUGACGUGGCGUUUGCCGAUUUAUU